UCAAGGCUCGAAAGAGGAGUGUCCAGACAGUGUCAGGAUCCUUCAUUUUGCAAUUCGAGCGUCUUGGAUUUGCUGGAUUGCAGGAGGACGGGAAGUGGAACGCACCUUCAACUCAAGGAGCCGAACCGUAGCGGGCAACCAGUCCCGGAGUUGGUUGAAAUGGUUGUCAGGGAGACCCCAGUCAAGCUUUUAGCGAGGAAGUCGAGACCAAGGCGACAACCCUUGCUGUGCUCCUGCAAGUUCUGGGCGACCCGCAUUGGCGCGCACCUAGAAUCCAGUCGUAGCCGGCGGGCCUAG